AUGUGGACCACUCAGGAGAAAGAGUAUUUUCUAGGGCAGGAGGAGGCUGAGAUCUCCAAGUUUCCACUGACUGUUGUCUCUGUGAAGACUGAAGAGCAUGAGGACAAACCACCUGAGUCCUCACAGCUUCAUCACAGUCUAGUUCCAAAAGCAAUCUUGAGUGGUCCACCAGCGGAGGAGGAGAGAUCAUCGACCCCUCUGUCUGUAUGUGGGUCAGAUGACCAGUCCUGUGGCAGUGCUGGGGUGUCUGAGGUUCAGAGACCUCCAUCCGAGUCACCAAAACCACUGGUGACAGACGGUGCUAACCCUGGGAAGAGGGACCGGCCGCACAGGUCCAGCAGCCCAAACGAUCGCGGGUCAUCAUCAGUCCGGACUACAGUGGGGACAAAAAGGAGCGGCGCUCGGACCCAUCCAGCGAGUGUGGAAGAGCGACUUUUAAACAUUUUGCAAAAGCCACCUUCAAGACCGGAGACAUCACUGGAUGAGUCUUAUCAUUUUGCACUCAGUCUUGUCCCGCUCCUCAACGACCUGGAUCACAAGCCAAAAUUGAGAUGUUGCACCAUUUGCGCACUCAACAACAGCGUCCACCUGGUGGCCCAGACCUCCAAGGCACAGAACACGAUCCCUAGUCCCACUCUGAUGAACCCAAUUGAUGGGUUGCAACUAGGGGUGUAACGGUACGUGUAUUUGUAUUGAACCGUUUCGGUACGGGGGUUUCGGUUCGGUUCGGUUCGGAGGUGUGCCGAACGAGUUUCCACACGAACAUAUUAAGUAGCGUACCGCACGUUGUGUAAACAAUGCACACCGAGGCACAACACACGGCAUCCUAGCAGCGAUCGGGCUACGAUAGACUGACCAUACGUCCUCUUUUCACCGGAUAGGUCCUCUUUUACCGGGCUGUCCGGGUGGAGUUUCUUAAAUGCCUCAAAUGUCCGGCAUUUUGAGUUAGGGUUGCGUCUAUUUUCAAUGUACGUUCAGGGUUAAGAAGGGGUUAAAACAAAACACAUUGUGCACACAGCAGCAUUCGUGAGGGAGGGGCAGAGACAGAGAGUUAUGAUUAAUGCGCAUGCGUCGCCAGGCUCUGCUUUUUAUCCAUAGAUUUAUCAGAUUUUAUUUUUCAUUAUCUAUAGCAGGGGUGUCAGGUGUGCCCCAGAAGCCAUUUGCAGCCCACAGCUAAUGUUUUAAAGGCCCACGGCCCAUUCUAAAAUUACUAUUAAAAUUAAAAAAAACAUAACAAAAGUGAAAUAAAAAAGUUUAAAGGGGAACAUUACAAUUUCAAAAGGGUUAAAACCAAUAAUCAGUUCCCAGUGGCUUGUUGUAUUUUUUGAAGUUUUUUUCGAAAUUUUACCGGUCCCGGAAUACCCCUAAAUAAAGCUUUAAAGUGCCUUAUUUUCGCUAUCUUCGAAACCACUAUCCAUUUCCCUGUGACGUCAUACAGGGCUGCCAAUACAAACAACAUGGCGGUUACCACAGCAAGAUAUAGCGACAUUAGCUCGGAUUCAGACUCGGAUUUCAGCGGCUUAAGCGAUUCAACAGAUUACGCAUGUAUUGAAACAGAUGGUCGGAGUAUGGAGGCAGAUAGCGAAAACGAAUUUGAAGAAGAAACUGAAGCUAUUGAGCGAAUAGCUAUUGACGCUAUUCGGCCAUAGCGUGGGUGUACCUAAUGAGGUGGCCCAUAGCAUGGCUGCCUUAUUAGCAUCGCCGGUAAAAUGUGCGGACCAAACGAUCAGGACUUUCGCAUCUUGUGACACUGGAGCAACUUAAAUCCGUCGAUUGGUAAGUGUUUGUUUUGCAUUAAAUGUGAGUAUCUAGUUUCAAAUGUACAUACAGCUAGCAUAAUAGCAUGUAAGCAUCGAUUAGCGUAGCAUGUUGGCAUCGAUUAGCUGGCAGUCAUGCCGUGACCAAAUAUGUCUGAUUAGCACAUAAGUCAACAACAUCAACAAAACUCACCUUUGUGAUUUUGUUGACUUAAUGGUUGCAAAUGCAUCUGCAGGUUAUCCAUACAUCUCUGUGCCAUGUCUGUCUUAGCAUCGCCGGUCAAAUGUGCUGACACUCUGGUACAUUCAAUGGGGGUCUGGCGGCAGAUUUCUUGCCAGUGGUGCAACUUGAAUCCCUCCCUGUUAGUGUUGUUACACCCUCCGACAACACACCGACGAGGCAUGAUGUCUCCAAGGUUCCAAAAAAUAGUUGAAAAAACGGAAAAUAACAGAGCUGAUACCCGGUGUUUGUAAUGUGAAAAUGAAAAUGGCGGGUGUGUUACCUCCGUGACGUCACGUUCUGACGUCAUCGCUAAAAGACCGAUAAACAGAAAGGCGUUUAAUUUGCCAAAAUUCACCCAUUUAGAGUUUGGAAAUCAGUUAAAAAAAUACAUGGUCUUUUUUCUGCAACAUCAAGGUAUAUAUUGACGCUUACAUAGGUUUGGUGAUAAUGUUCCCCUUUAAAAGUUAAAGGCCUACUGAAACCCACUACUGCCGACCACACAGUCUGAUAGUUUAUAUAUCAAUGAUGAAAUAUUAACAUUGCAACACAUGCCAAUGCGGCCUUUUUAGUUUACUAAAUUGCAAUUCUAAAUUUCCCGGGAGUUUUUUCUUAAACGUCGCGUAAUGAUGACGUGUACGCCUGACGUCAUGGGCUUUUAGGAAAUAUGAGCGCUGCACACACACACAGCUAAAAGUGGUCUGCUUUAACGGCAUAAUUACACAGUAUUCUGGACAUCUGUGUUGCUGAAUCUUUUGCAAUUUGUUCAAUUAAUAUUGGAGAAGUCACUGUAGAAAGAUGGAGUUGGGAAGCUUUAGCCUUUAGCCACACAAACACACGGUGAUUCCUUGUUUAAAAUUCACGGUGGUGAAACUUUACUAUGGAUCACAGCAAACAUGGAUCCCAACCGAAUGUCAACCAGCAGGUUUCGGUGAGAAAAUUGUGGUCAAAAGUCGCCCAUAAAGCUGCCGUCGACUUCCCUGAGACACCGCGCGUCAACACACCCGUGGACACACCCCUCCGACUAUCAGACUCCCAGCAACAGCUUGGACGCCAAGAAGAAUGUCCCCCUCAGCCGCUGGAGGGGAGCUCCACCUGGAAGCAGGAGGAUCUACAUUCCCCUCAGAUUAAAGAGGAAGAAGAGGAACUCUGGAUCACUCGAGGGGGAGAGUGUCUUCCAGGGCACGGGGAGGAUGAUCUCACCAAGUUUCCACUGACUGUUGUCACUGUGAAGAUAGAAGACCAUGAAGAAAGAUCACCUGAGUCCUCACAGCUUCAUCACAGUCCAGGUGAGGAAAACAGAUGGGCGGAGUCACCAAUCAGCAGCUCAACACAAAACAUGACAACAGAAGCUGAGGGAGACCACUGUGGAGGACCACAAGCUGACAACCUGUCAGAUAGUGACGACACGUCGCACGUUAAUGUAAAUAUGGACUCACAAGCGAGAACUCACACAGGAAAAAACACGAGUUGCUCACUGUGUGGUAGCGAGUUUUCUCGGAAGUCCACUUUAAAGAAUCACAUGAGAACGCACACUGGAGAAAAACCUUUUUGUUGCUCACACUGCGGUAAGAAAUUCUCCAACAAAAGCAACAUGCAAUCUCACAUGAGGACUCACACAGGAGAAAAAACAUUUGGCUGUUCUGUUUGCGCUAAGGUGUUUUUUAGAAACUGUGAUUUGACCCGACACAUGUGGAUACACACCGGGGAGAAACCGUUUAGUUGCUCGAACUGCGGUAGAAAGUUCUCGGAAAGGGAAACAAUGCUGUCACACAUGAGCACACACACUGGACAAAAACUUAGCUGCUCACUCUGCGGCAAUGUAUUUUCCCGGCAGUCCACCUUGAAGAACCACAUGAGAACGCACACCGGAGAAAAACCUUUCAGUUGUCCAGCGUGCGGUAAAAGAUUCUCCAACAAAAGUAAUAUGCGAUCACACAUGAAGACACAUACAGAGAAUAAAUUGCUUUGUUGUUCAGUUUGUGAGAAAGGUUUUAUCCGAAGCUCUGAUUUGACUCGACACAUGCAGACACACACGGGAGAACAACCUUUCUGUUGCUCGUUUUGUGGUAUAAAGUUCUCUCAAAGGGUAAAGUUGCUCUCCCACAUGAGUACACACACAGUAGAAUAACUUCAUUGAUCAGUGUGUGCCAAAGAUUUUGUUUGUAGCCCUGAUUUAAAAAAGAAAAAAGGAAUUGCUCAGAUUGGGCCCUGCGAUGAGGAGGCGACUUGUCCAGGGUGUACCCAGCCUUUCGCCCGAUUGUAGCUGAGAUAGGCUCCAGCGCCCCCCCCCCCCCCGCGCGACACCGAAGGGAAUAAGCGGUAGAAAAUGAAUGGAUGGAUGCUCAGAUUGGUCAAACGUUAUCAUUAGAACUCACACAGGAGAGAAACCCUCCAGUUGUUCAGUUUGCAGGCAAAGGGUCUCUCAAAUUUCAACUUGACACAACACACUCAGGAGAGGAAAAACCUUUUAACUGCUUAAUUUGUGGUAAUACAUAUCCUUGUGAGUCCUCAUCUAGUAGACUCUAGUAUUACUGAUGGUCUACUGUUGUUUUAAGAAAUAGAAAAAUAAUUUUGGAUGUUUCUGUCAAUCAAGUUUUUUAAUAAUUUUCUGCUGGUUUGAGAAUAGUCUCCACCUUAAUGUCAGACACAGGGAUUGGCUGAGGUAUACAUGGUUGGAGGAGUUAUUUCCACCUUUUUAGAGUAGACUGUAGAAGUGUACAGAAGUAAUGUUGAUAAAGUAUACCGUACGUGAACAAAAAGUUUGGAAUGGGUGUUUGGCAGCUGUAUUUGUGGAAUUUAUUUGUGUCGAUGAAUUGUAUACUGUUCACAACAUUUUAAUUUACAUGAUGUAUGAUGUAUGUUUGCGCUUUAUACAACUAUACGCAAUAAAGACAAAUUUUAUACUAA